ACCCAUCCCCAGUAGAGGAGGAAGCGCCAGAUCUCCACACCCACCCGCGCCGCAGAUCCAGCCAGAGCCAUGGCGGAUCUCGCCGUGGCGGCGCCGCCGCCGACGGACCUCUUCGGCGAGCCCAUCGAGGCGCACCCGCCGUGGUUCAAGCCCGACUCCUUCCUCCGCCCCGACUUCGACCCGGACGCCUACGUCGCCGACCUCCGCUCCUACGUGCCCCUCGACAGCCUCGCCGCCGAGCUCCGCUCCCACCUCGCCUCCCUCCGCGCCGAGCUCGUCGGCCUCAUCAACCGCGACUACGCCGACUUCGUCGGCCUCAGCGCCCGCCUCAAGGGCGUCGAUGCCGCCGCCGCGCGCAUGCGGCCCCCGCUCGCCGAGCUCAGGGACAAGGUCGCCUCCUUCCGCGCCGCAGCAGCCGCCGGGCUCGCCGCACUCCGCUCCGGACUCGAGCAGCGCGCGGCUGCCACGGCUGCACGGGAGCUUCUCGAGCUGCUGCUCGACACCUCCCACGUCGUCUCUAAGGUUGAGAAACUGAUCAAGGAACUACCAUCCGCCCCAUCUGAUUCAUCAAAUGUUGAGGCUGUUUCUGGUGAUAAGGGCUACUCAGGCAACGUUGCCACACCACCAAACAUGGAUGAUGGGACAGAUGUUAGGGAGACACAAAGCAUUCUCUUAGAAAGAAUCGCCAGUGAGAUGAACCGGCUCAAAUUCUACAUCAGUCAUGCACAGAACCUCCCUUUUAUUGAAAACAUGGAGAAGAGGGCCCAAGGUGCUACAAAACUACUUGAUGGUAGCUUGGAGCGUUGCUUUGUGGAUGGUCUAGAACAUCGUGAUGACAAAGUAAUAUACAACUGUUUGCGUGCUUAUGCUGCUAUUGACAACACAUCUUCAGCUGAAGAGAUAUUCCGUACAACAGUGGUGUCGCCGUUGAUCCAGAAGAUUGUUCCUCAAAACUAUGCAAAAGUGGUUGCUGGGGUAUCUUCUGAUGACCUAGAAGAUGAUUAUGAGCAGAUAAUGCAAUGCGUAGAAAAAGAUUGCAAAUUUAUUUUGGAGAUAUCCUCGUUGGCAAACUCUGGGCUUCAUGUUUUUGAUUUUCUGGCCAAUUCAAUACUCAAAGAAGUCCAUUUGGCAAUCCAGAAGGGAAAGCCCGGGGCGACCUCUCCUGGAAAACCUAAACAGUUCCUCAAAAACUACAAAGCAAGCUUAAGAUUCCUUGAUUUUCUGGAAGGUUACUGUUCAUCUAAGCCUGCUGUAACAAAGUUCCGCUCCGAGCCUGCUUAUGCCGAUUUCAUGCGACAGUGGCAUGUUGCUGUCUACUUCACAUUGAAAUUUCAGGACAUUGCUGGUGGUCUUGAUUCUGUGCUUACAGCCACAAUUACUCCUGCUGGAAUGCAUGACAAUCAAGCGAAGCCGCAGACACUGUUGUUGAAACAAAGCGUUAAGCUCUUAGAAAGUUUGCAGGCCUGCUGGAGUGACGAUGUUCUUGUUUUCUCCCACUCUGAUAAGUUCCUCCGCUUGUCUUUGCAGCUUAUUUCAAGGUAUACAACAUGGCUUUCUUCUGGUUUGGCUGCACGGAAAGCUUCUGAUGGGGGCUCAAGUUCUCCUGCGGAUGCUGAAUGGGCACUAUCUGUACCUGUGGAGGAUUUCAUUUAUGUAAUGCAUGAUGUAAAUGCUGUAAUAAGCGAGCUUUUGGAAUCAGGCCAAUUUGUGGAACAUGUAAACCAAUUGCUAGCAUCAUGCCCAACCGAAGUACUUGCUCUCGUGAAACACAGUAUACUGCAAGCUGUUGAGCCUUUAAAGGAGUUGUUGCCUGCUAUAAUGAAUGUCAUGAUUAUGGUGAUAGUUAAAAGGUCUAAUGAGGACUUGAAGCACCUAAAGGGAAUAACAGCAACAUAUAGAAUGACCAAUAAGCUUCCAGUAAGGCAUUCUCCAUAUGUAUCUGGGAUUUUGCAUCCACUUAAGGUUUUUCUUGAAGGUGACCGUAUUCACUAUUUAUCAGAAGAUGAUAAAGCAAAGCUGCGCCGUGGAUCGACAGAUAAGAUCACUUCAAUUUAUUAUGACAUGGUGUCUGAAGUAGUCACUGUGGCAAGGAAAACUGAAUCAUCAUUGCAAAGACUACGUCAAGGUGCACAAAGACGAGUAGGAGCUAAUACCGAUACCUCGGAUAACAUCAUUUCUGAUACUGACAAGAUCUGCAUGCAGCUAUUUCUUGACAUUCAGGAAUAUGCACGGAAUCUUCGUGCAAUAGGAAUAGAUGCAAGGGAAAUCGAAACAUUCAGAGCUUUAUGGCAGUGUGUUGCUCCUAGAGACAAACAGGAUAACAUCCAGUUUUGAUGUAAAGAUCAAUUUGAGUACAUAGAAGAAAAUUGCCUUAGGUCCCUCAAUAUCCGUAGAUACGUCUCGUGUUGUUCGUUUAGGAUGGAUGUUGGAAUGAUUUUUAUACAUAGAGCUCUGGAUUUUGAUUGUUUCAUUUUGGACGGUCUCCUCCGGAUUAUACAAGGGUCAAGGGUACAUCCAAAAUUUGAGAAGUGUAUCAAACCUCAUGUUGUUGGAAACACACCGAUUCUGUUGAAA